AUGCAAUCCUGGUCGGAAAUGCAAAAGAGAAGACUCGCCAAGGUGGAACAUUUUUUCUUUAUGCGCGUCUUGUUUUUUUCGUUAAUUUUAGUCACUUAACUAAACCGAAGCCUCGACGACGUGUCUGGCAUUAGCCGCAUUACGGACUCAAACAUCAGUCUUCAAGUCUCAGCACUCGUUGAAAGUUUGCGACCUACUUUAGCCUAGCCUAGCUGGCCAACCGCUAACAAAGCUGCAAGGCACGUCGUUAACCGUUCAGAAAAUGUCCGGUGUUCUGUCAAAAUUUGCUCCCUUAUAAAAUUUUGCUCCCAAAGCUUCUGUGGCGCUGAAAAUGCCCUCUUUUACAUUCAGUUGGACUCUCAAUGUUAUCCAAAGGUGCUAACCAAACUAGAUACAUCAUAAACAUACAUGAGCAGCACGAAAAUGGCGUAAAUUAAUACUUAAUGACACGGCGAAGUCGUUAACAGUGAGAGCGCGGGGUGCAGUUGCUGUGUGCAGCUAACAUGGUAGGAUGUGUCUGAGAACUUUUGUACAUGUCUUUACAUGAUCAAACUUAAGUAAAUAUUCCUUUCUUUAAAGAAAGUUUGUAGCGUUUACUUUGGAAUCGCUGCAUUCGCGGCCAUUUUUAACGUUACGCGCAUGCGCAAAACCGCAAGGUAGCAAUUUUUGAUGGGUUGCAAAAUUUGUGAACACCGGCAGAACGACGCCGGCUGCAGUAAAGUUCGAGGAGGUAAAAGAGGAGCCACCACGUCAAAAACACUCGACUGUGUGCAAAAUAAUGCACGCAAAGGUCCUUCACAGAUUAGAAGGAGUCUGAGGAUGAGGAAGAGUCACUAUACGUCAAGAACGUAGAGGAAGAAUUCGUUCACAUUAAAGAGGAACAGGAGGAGUAUUUCAUUGAAAUGGAGAACACUCAAAUUGAGAAGCAGCAGCAACCUCAUCCCCUCAAAAAGGGGGAAGAGCACCCUCCAUAUGUUAAAGUGGAGGUGAUAGACAUCCCCAUGUGGACUGGUGAACCCUUGAAGGGUGAAGAUGGAGGUCCGAGUGAGGCCAGCACAGGGGCAGAGCCUCCGUCUGGCAGCAGGAGCAGUUCAAAAGAAGGAUUCCAAGCUGACAACCUCUUCGUUCGACCAGCAGGGAGUGACGACUUCACAUCACACUCGCUGUUCUGUUUCAGCAAAUAUCUUGGUCCUGACGCUCAACAGCUUAAGAGAGAAGUACAACUUCCAAUCAAAAAGGAGGAGGUAGAGCUGCCAUACGUUAAAGAGGAGGACAAUAUCACCAUGUCGAGUGGAUUCAGCAAAUAUCUUGGUCCUGAGUGGCAGGAGUCUGAGUCUCCUGCCAUUAAAGAGGAAUUGGAGCACCUGCAAAUGAAACGGGAAGAGCCAGAGCACCCUCAACAGCAAAAGAGAGCAGAACAACUUCCAAUCAAAAAGGAGGAGGUAGAGCUGCCAUACGUUAAAGAGGAGGACAAUAUCACCAUGUCGACUGGUGAGCCCUUGAAUAGCGAGGAUGGUCCAAGUGAGGCCAGCAGAGGGACGGAGCCUCCAAGCAGCAGCUCAACGGAAGGACGGCAAGCACACAUUUUCAUUGCACCAUCAGAUAGAAAUGGCGCCACGUCACACUCACCUUACAAAGAUGAUGGUCAGAAGACAUCUCACUGUGGGAAAACCUUUGCUAAUAACUAUACUUGUCGUAUGCAUAUGAGCAGCCACACUGGUGAAAAACCCUUUUCCUGCUCAGAUUGUGGUAAAAAAUUCACUCAGAAGAGAAACUUAAAAGUACACACAAGAACCCACACUGGUGAAAAACCCUUUUCCUGCUCAGAUUGUGGUAAAAAAUUCUCUGAAAAAGGCGCCUUGAAAAGACACACAAGAACCCACACUGGUGAAAAACCCUUUUCCUGCUCAGAUUGUGGUAAAAAAUUCUCUGAAAAAGGCACCUUGAAACAACACGCAAGAACCCACACUGGUGAAAAACAUUUUUCCUGCUCAGUUUGUGGUCAAGGAUUCGUUCAAAAACAACAAUUGCAAAGACACAAAAGAACCCACACUUGUGAAAAACCUUUUUCUUGCUCAGUUUGUGGUAAAAAAUUCUCUGAAAAAGCCACCUUGAAAAAUCACACAAGAACCCACACUGGUGAAAAACCUUUUUCCUGCUCAGUUUGUGGUCAAGGAUUCACUCGAAGUGACCACUUAACCGUACACACAAGAACCCACACUGGUAAAAAACCCUUUUCCUGCUCAGAUUGUGGUAAAAAAUUCUCUGUAAAAGGCGCCUUGAAAAACCACACAAGAACCCACACUGGUGAAAAACCCUUUUCCUGCUCAGAUUGUGGUAAAAAAUUCUCUUUAAAAGGCGCCUUGAAAAACCACACAAGUACCCACACUGGUGAAAAACCUUUUUCCUGCUCAGUUUGUGGUCAAGGAUUCACUCGAAGUCACCACUUAACCGUACACACAAGAACCCACACCGGUGAAAAACCGUUUUCCUGCUCAGAUUGUGGAAAAAGAUUCACUGAGAAGAGCACCUUAAACACACACAAAAGAACUCACACUGGUGAAAAACCCUUUUUCUGCUCAGUUUGUGGUCAAGGAUUCAGUGAUAAGAGUGUCUUAAAAGUACACACAAGAACCCACACUGGUGAAAAACUUUUUUCCUGCUCAGUUUGUGGUCAAGGAUUCACUCGAAGUCACCACUUAACCGUACACACAAGAACCCACACUGGUGAAAAACCAUUUGUCUGCUCAGAUUGUGGAAAAAAAUUCUCUGUAAAAGGUGCCUUGAAAAAACAUACAAGUACCCACACUGGUGAAAAACCCUUUUCCUGCUCAGAUUGUGGUAAAAAAUUCUCUGUAAAAUACGCCCUAAAAGUACACACAAGAACCCACACUGGUGAAAAACCAUUUUCCUGCUCAGAUUGUGGUCAAGAAUUCAGUUAUCAGAGUACCUUAGAAGUACACACAAGAACCCACACUGGUGAAAAACCUUUUUCCUGCUCAGUUUGUGGUCAAGGAUUCACUCAAAGUCACCACUUAACCGUACACACAAGAAUCCACACUGGUGAAAAACCGUUUUCCUGCUCAGAUUGUGGAAAAAGAUUCACUGAGAAGAGUGCCUUAAACACACACAAAAGAACCCACACUGGUGAAAAACCUUUUUCCUGCUCAGUUUGUGGUCAAGGAUUCACUCAAAGUCACCACUUAAUCGUACACACAAGAAUCCACACUGGUGAAAAACCGUUUCCCUGCUCAGAUUGUGGAAAAAGAUUCACUGAGAAGAGAGCCUUAAACACACACAAAAGAACCCACACUGGGGAAAAACCUUUUUCCUGCUCAGCUUGUGGUCAAAAAUUCGCUUGCAAGGAUCAGAUUAACAGACAUGUGUGUAUUGGUGUGAGAAGCAGUGGCCAAUGACUGUUUUAUCCUGUCAUCCAUGCUGCCUUUAUCAGAUUGUGCACUGCCAGUGGCAGUUCCUCUCUGGCUGGAGACACAGGCCCACAUAUUUUGUCUCACACAUCCAGGCAGUGCUCCUCUGCAGAGUUGGCGCCCCAUGCCGGCUCUGUGAUUUCGGUCUAUGACCACACUGGAAUCUCCACAGUCCUCUCCAGGACAUAGGUCAGGUAGAAGACGAGUACUUAUUUCAUUGUCAUUUCAUAACACAUACACAGUAAAUGUGUUCCUCAUUACAACACAAACUGUAGCAAAGUUGUACCAGGGAUGAAAGUGGCUAGAAGUUUCUUGCUGGAACUCCCUGACGUAGU